CUACAGUGCUCGAGCUUACAACCGUCAAGCCGCCCUUCUACCUCAACGUCACCCCGGCAAAUCACAUUCCCAACCUCUUCAACCUCCCAACCAGCUUCCUAUCGCACGACCAAGCUCCUUCCCGCCCAACUUUAUCACGCAUCCGUAUCUGGGGGGCCGUUUGUUUCCCAACACCCGCCAACAUGCCGUCCGCCACGGGUUCGAGCUGGGAGAAGUACCAGAAGAACUACGCCGACGAUGAGGUAGAGGAGAAGAAGAUCACGCCCCUCUCCGAUGAGGAUAUCCAGGUCCUCAAAACCUACGGCGCCGCGCCAUACGGGGCCGCCCUCAAAAAGCUGGAGCAACAGAUAAAAGAGAGGCAACAGAGUGUGGAUGAGAAGAUUGGGGUAAAAGAGUCAGACACGGGUCUCGCACCACCACACCUGUGGGACGUCCCAGCCGAUCGUCAGCGAAUGUCGGAAGAGCAGCCGCUUCAGGUAGCGCGGUGCACAAAGAUCAUCCCGGAUGAGAAGGACGACUCCAAGAGCAAAUACGUCAUCAACGUCAAGCAGAUCGCCAAGUUCGUCGUGCAGCUCGGGGACCGCGUGUCCCCCACCGACAUUGAGGAGGGCAUGCGCGUCGGUGUCGACCGCAACAAGUACCAAAUCAUGCUUCCCCUGCCGCCCAAGAUCGAUGCGAGCGUCACCAUGAUGACCGUCGAAGAGAAACCCGAUGUCACAUACGGCGAUGUAGGAGGAUGCAAAGAGCAGGUCGAGAAGCUGCGCGAGGUCGUCGAGAUGCCUCUCCUGUCGCCCGAGCGCUUUGUCAACCUGGGUAUCGACCCGCCAAAGGGCGCACUCCUGUACGGGCCCCCAGGAACUGGAAAGACCCUCUGCGCGCGUGCCGUAGCAAAUCGGACGGACGCGACUUUCAUCCGCGUCAUCGGCUCCGAGCUCGUACAAAAAUAUGUCGGCGAGGGUGCCCGCAUGGUCCGGGAGCUGUUUGAGAUGGCGCGCACCAAGAAGGCCUGUAUCAUCUUCUUCGACGAGAUCGACGCCAUCGGCGGUGCGCGGUUCGACGACGGUGCGGGAGGUGACAACGAGGUGCAGCGGACGAUGCUGGAGCUGAUCACGCAGCUGGAUGGAUUCGACGCUCGUGGCAAUAUCAAGGUCAUGUUUGCGACCAACAGGCCCUCGACCCUGGACCCGGCGCUCAUGAGGCCUGGCCGUAUCGAUCGUAAGAUUGAGUUCUCACUGCCCGAUCUCGACGGCCGUGCGAACAUCCUCCGUAUCCACGCCAAGAGCAUGUCCGUCGAGCGUGACAUCCGGUGGGAGCUCAUUUCCCGGCUGUGCCCCAACGCCACCGGCGCUGAACUGCGCAGUGUGUGUACCGAGGCGGGUAUGUUUGCCAUCCGGGCGCGGAGGAAGGUGGCCACGGAGAAGGACUUCCUGAGUGCGGUGGAGAAGGUCAUCAAGGGCAACCUCAAGUUCAACUCCACCGCGUCGUACAUGCAGUACAACUAGACGGGAACAUCGUGGGUGGUCUUGUGGCUGGGGGGUGAUACUGCUACGGCUUGCUUGUAUGAAUAUGGGAACACCUAGGGAGUUGCUAGGCACAUCCGCGUUAGACAGCAUAAAGACGGGGCCCAUUUGAUGAUCAUAUCGGGUCUUAAUCCUGGCCUCCAUCCCUGUGGUUUCUACCUAAUUAUCUCUGUUGGCGCGCGUCCUUCAGGCUCCGUUCCGUCCCGUCUGCCGGUUGCCCAAUUACUCUGCCCAAUCCUCCUGCCCAGCAAUUAUCAGGAGAAACUGGCAGCACCUGUAUUAUAAACCACUAAAAGACCCGGCUCAAAUAUCAAGGGUGGACUGCCCGAGGAAGCGAAUAUCGCGAGGCAUGCCAUGGUUCAUGGACACCAUCUGAUGUGGAAGCACCCUUUCACAGGGGUCGUCAAACCUGGCCCAGAUUGAAGACUGGGCAAUGUCCAAGCGAGCAGAUGCCCGCCAGUCGAGCCCCUGGGACAUGCCGUAGCACCUAGGCCGCGAGACAGCCCAGGCAGGUGACCUCGCCUUCCAUGCCCUCCUCGACACAGCACCGGCUACAUAUCCUGCCUCGAUGGCCCCUGCCGCCUUCUUUGGCCCAAGGCCCCUGCCUCCUCUUGUAGUCGACCCGGAGACUGUCGUAGUCGGGCUGUGAGUCCUCCGGCUUCAUGUUAAACGGGUGGUCGCCCCCUGUGCCUCCUCCGCCUUGCUCGUGCUCCUCGUUGUUGUCCUCGUCCCGCAUCAGCACCUCCACCACCUCGUCCACUUUCCCUCCAUGAUAUUCGCUGGGGCUGCGGCUCUCCCGAGGCGUCGUGGUCCAUCCUAGGCAUUCCCGCAUACAGAUGUAGCACGUCCUCUCGCCACAACCCUGGCAGUCGGCAUACGAGUCGAGGUCGGUCUUUUUCGUGGGUUUCCUGUGGCAGAUGUGGCACGGCGCGAGGAGAUUCGUGGUGAUUGUUGUCCUUGGGCCUAGCUUGUUGGCAGAUGGCGACCUGGCGUGGUGGUGUCGUGAGGAUGGUGCCAUGUGGGCUGGUCUCGGGCUUGUUUGCUGGAGCGUGUGGACUGAGUAUGGUGCGUCUUGUUCGCUGUCUUGCGGCUCCGCCAUCAUCCGCAACUUCUUAGUCCGCGGACUUGAGAACGACACGAUCUUCCUCGGCGGUGGCCCAUGGCGCUGAGCGCAAAUGUCAUGAUGGAGGUCCUGCGGGCUGAGGUUGAACUUGUCAGCGAGGGACGCAGCCGAUGGUCUGUCGAUUAAUUGCCCAUACAAUAUGUGGUACUCGGGAUCUGCGUCGAAGUCGUCGUGUCUUCUCUUUUUUGAGAGGGGCUGGGUGAGCGAAGGCAUUGCGACGCUCGGGGCUGCUGAUUCUCAGCUGGCGGGCUAAGCGCCGAUAAUUCACGCCUCCCCAGCGCUGCCACUAGACAGAGAGAGAGGGCGAUGAUCCCUCAGACAGACAGGCUGACAGGGUUGAGUGCGCAAAGGGAGAUGUGCAAGCUGCGGACACGGUGCUGAAUGUCACUUGUUUGCAAAGUCGAGAGUGUUGUUGUGAACGGUGCACAGGAGUAGGUCAAGUCAAAGGGGUGGGAGGAGAGCUCCCAGGGAGUUGAGGUGAGAUGCAGUACGGGAAGCGGGUUAAUCAUUUAGCACAUUCAGGCUCAGCUAACGACCCUCGGGGGCGGCGACGAAAUUUCUCGCCAAUGAGCCAGCGACGUGAGACCUACCGUAGAGAAGUACCUAGGUAAGCAGCCGAUGAUGAAACAGUGCCUGCAGGCCGUCUCUUCGUCCCUCUUUUCUAGCUGGCAGCCUUUGUUGUUUAUGAUGCACCACCGCAGGGUGCUUGUUUACUCUGACGGAAGGUCCAGGCGCCGGCCGGCAGGCAAGAGCAACUAGAUAACGGCUCGCAGGUCCUGACGGCGAGCGUUGCCCUGUCCGUUCUGCAUUCAUCAAGAGGAGCCUGUCCCCUAACCCUCAGGCUCCACGUUACACGUCAUGGCUUGGGCCAUGAUUGACAGACCUUGUCUCGCAUGACUGUGUACCGGACGCGUGCGAUAUGUUGAAGAUAGGGAAAGCCGUAAGUUCGUGAAGUGAGAUGAGAGAAGGUUCUGCGGGCCGGAUAGGGGGGUUCGUAGUGCGCACGAGGAGAGGUCCAGCCGUUUGGUCGCACGGUCGGAGGGCGAGCGGUGUUAACCAGGAUGCUAGGCGGCACCGCGAGGGCCAGA